AUGGCUCAAACGGUAAGGAAACGUAGCGUUUUGAAUAUAUGUUUACGAUAGUUUUAGAGUUAUAGGCUGGAUUAAGUUGUUUUUGAAUACGUGUUUACGAUAAUUUUAGUUUAAUAUAUUUAUGAUGUUUCUAGAUUAAUAUGUUGGAUCUGAUCAAAUCUUGUGAGGCUGAAAGUGAGCUCGACUUUCUCAUGGAGUCGUUUAUGCUUACUGAUGACCAGAAGGAAGCUGUUCUUCAGCAGCGUAUUAUAUUCUGGACGAAUGCUAUGGCUGAAGAUAUUGAACGGAAGAAUCCUGUUGGAGUUGUUUAUGGGUUCAUGGAUAAUUGGACCGAAUAUCAACGGCGCCAGUUUAACGAAGACUGGGCCAAAGACGAAGGUUUGUGCGAGCUCGAACAGUUGCCUCAACCUCCAGAAAACCAAAUGGGUAAAGGGAGCAAGCGAAAGCACGUCAGUGACGACAUCCCCUCAAAACGCCAAAGACCAGAAGAGUAUUUCACUAUUAAAUCGGCGAAAAAAGUCAACGUGAGGAAAUUCAGGACGACAGGUACACAUUAAACUGUUUUUAUAUUUUUAAACAGUCGUUAUGUGUGGCAUAUAUAGAUUGUUACGUGCGAGUAAGGUUUCGUUUUUAUUAGGUUCCGUUUACACUAUACCGGAUUGCUAUCGGAGUGGGUCAAAUCUUGUAGGUAUCGAAAGGCUGUGAAGAUUUUUAAUCUCAGUGACCCAAAUAAACAUGCCAAUUCUGUCAAACUAAGCAGUUGCUACUAACCAUUGCUCCGUAACGGCAAAAGAAGAUGCAGUGACAAGCGAAUCCAGUAUAGUGUAAGCAGGGUCUUAUAAGAAACGUGUUUAUUGCUUGUGUGUACAUUUGUAACGUACAAACCUAUCCAACGCAUAAGCUUUUUAUAAAUGGCCAUAACUCUCAAAUUAAGCUUUAGUAUUUACAGGGCUUAUGAUUUGAAUUGUAGCUAAAGUAUAGCACUAUCAAAUAAAUAGCCUUGUUUGUACAACCCACGACCCCCCGUUAUUAGGUAUUCUUUUCUGGUGGGUUAUUCAAUAUUAUUGGGUAAUCUCUAUAAUGAUUAUUGUUGUAUUGUAGUGAGCCCAGAUUUCCAGACAUAGGCCAGGCCCCAAGACCAGGACUAUGCCAAAGUCUGUUUACACUGUCAAAAUGUAGGCCAACGCUAAUGCAAGGCUUGUACUGUAACCACGUACGUGUUUAAGGCUACUUGUUACCAACCAUAGUCUUCUGAUUGCUAUUACUUGGUUAGUACAAUAAUGUGUUACGGUUUUUAGGUACAGACUACACUGUCCAAUUCAAUCCGUUGGACGUGCACGGGGUGUCAAACGUCAUGUCGACGUUGAACCGCGCAUUUCAAAAUUUAUUUGACCGACUUACGAGUGAUAUAGCUCCCCACGAUCAAGUUCGCUUGAUUCUAAACUCGCAUCAGCUGGACAAAUCCAUUUCCUUGCCUUUCCUACAACGCGAUCGUCUAACCCCAGAACGUUUCCUAGCUGCUGUUUAACGUGUCGUACAGUCCAAUGAUCAAUUUACUUUGGAUGACUCUGUCAGCGUCAACGUGGUUCAUGUGGAAAUGUCCAACGGUGCCGGUAGAAAACGACGUGACGUUGUGAACUUGGAAAGUUACUUAACGAAAAAACGAGGCAUAGUACAAGUCAAAAACAAAGAUGAUCUCUGCUGUGCCCGCCAGAUCGUGGUGGCCAAAGCGAAAUUGGACAAAGGCCCGCACUAUGAGGCUAUCCGAAAACCAAACAGAGCAAUGCAAUCACGCCUUGCUCGAGAACUCCACGAGUCUGCAGGUGUUUCUCUUGGUUCCUGUGGCAUCCCAGAAAUCAAACAGUUCCAAGCAGCUCUCUCUGAUUAUCAAAUCAACGUGAUUUCAAAGGAACAUUUGAAUGCCCUCAUCUACUCAGUUCCUGAAGCCGAAAAACACCUGUACUUGUACCACCAUGAGAAUCAUUACGACGUGAUCACCAGUAUGCCGAUUCGACAAGAUAACUGA